AUGACUGAAAAAGAAAUUACUGAAAAAGUUCCAUCCGAAGAGGCGGCCGUAUUCGCAUCAAGCAGCAUUGAUCGAGCCAACGUUUUGACAAGAACACCAAAAAUGAAAGCGACCAUCCGAAGACAAUCGUCACUCACAAAUAUUCCUGCAUGUGAAUUCAAUCGGAACGAUUCAACAACGCCCAAUAACGUUUUCAGUUUUCCGAAUAACAAUAAUGAUGAUCAACAGACGAAUUGGACAGAUGUUGAGAUGCGACAGAAAUGCGAUCAACAUCAACAGAUGAAUGGUGCUAGUGCGCAAAAUAAUCCAGUUGAAGCAGCGAUGUUGCCGAAUAAUUCGGAAAAAACUCAGGCCAACAGUAUUGUUCUUGCGGAACAACUUGAAUUGGUUACUACUCAGUUGAAUAGGGCAUUAUGUUCUCGUAUGGAAUUACAAGAAGAACUGAAUUUGGUUAAAAAACAUUUGGAAAAUACGUCACGCGAUUAUGAGGAGACAAUGAUGGAGCGAAGCAGUGUUCUUGAGGAGAAUAAUCGUUUGACCGAAGAACGAGACCGUCUGAAGGAUAGCGUUAAACAUCUCUCGAAUACUCUUCACAAUAUGAUCAAUUCUAAGUCCGAGCACCAAGUUCAGCAGUUACAAAGCAAACUGGAACAUACACGACGUCUGUUACAAUUGAAUAUGGAGGAAACGGCACUCGCGAAUUCGAAACGUGAACAGACCAAUGAGGAACUGGAACGAGUUCGAAUAAUUUGCGAUACGUUAGAGAAGGAACGCGAUCAAGCGUUAUUUCAGUUGAACAAUCUCGACGAACAGGAUGAGGAACCGCUGUUCGACUGUUGGAUCAAUCAUUCUAUUCAAAUCGCUUUGCCUUCUCCAAGUAGCACCAAUUUGGGUGUGAUAUUGGGUGGAGGUAAAGGUGAUGAGAUGUUCUCCAGUGGAAUGCCCAUAUUUGUCCGUGAUCUCAUACCGGGUAGUCCAUUUGAUGGUCAUCUCAAACCGCUGGAUUUCAUAUUGAAUGUUAACGAUAUAGAUGUGAGCACGAUGGAUCAACGCUCUGUGGUCGAUAUACUUAGUAACAGUUGCAAUCUUAAAAUGGUUGUCAAACGUCGCAAUGAUGCGUUUCGUGUGAUGGAAUAUUCAUUCAACGAUAUUUCUGAUUUGGGUGCCGAAUUCGAGGAUGGUGUAUUUAUAAGUAAAAUUGACGAGAACAGUGGCGGGGCUGAAAGCGGUCUGACGGCUGGAACUCGUUUGAUUCAUGUGAAUGGUGUACCGGUUCGUGAUGCUUCUCAUACAAAAGCACUUCUUGAUGCGAAUAAAGAUAAUCUAGUAUUGGGUGUAAUGUCACUCAAAACGCAUUCACCAAGACGUCAAUCAACGAAACCAGCCACCAUUAAUGCACCACAUCCAAAUAAACAACGUUCCAGAUUUCUCAAUAAGGUUCAUGAUAAAUUGUUUGGACGUGGCAAUGGUGCGAGUGGUAGCGAUAAGAAUCGCGCGAUAAUAGCACAUGCAAAUUUGGAUGCGUGCAUUGGUGAGUUGACAUCGUACCGACACGGUUCAUUGCGGAUACCCACCUCUCGACUGAGUCACUCGAUCAACCAUCAGUUGGUGCGAACCGGCUCCUUAAGAACAACCACUGCGAAUGCGGGCGGAUCACAUCCGAUCACAGACCCACGGCAAAUCAACGAACAACUCGAUAAAUUCUUCCAAAGACCAUCACAAUCGUACUUUCUUAAUCUUUAUCGAGAUGAAUGUAAACUGAGUUGUUUAAGUCAUGAUGAUGAUGGUUCUGUGCGAACAUGGCCCAAAUCGAAUGAACCGUCCAUAAGUAACGACUCACAAUCGAAUCAUAAAACCACCAACAAUCGACCAUCUGUCCUGCCAGCCUUCUCCUCAACCAGUAAUUAUCCGUGUGCAGCGAUCACAUCAACAAAUAGCAAUAAUAAUAAUAAUAAUGUGAACGAAAAUGGCAAUGCACUGAGACGAUCCACCGAUAUUAUGUUAGCAAGUCCAACGAAUAGCCAUUUGUCAUCGUACACGCAUCCUCAUUCGCACAAUAACAGUAGCUAUAUGGUCGAUGCAAACCCGUAUCACCUCGUUGACCAUCAACCGCAAAUCUCAUCUCCAGUACGUCCCUAUAGUUGGUAUCGCCCACCAAGCAGCAUCAAUAAUCCACCACAGUCGAUCUACUCGGCAUCGGCUCGUAUUGUAACGUCAACGAAUCUGCUGCUGGCCCAACCAAAACUGAUCGGUAUUGCGCACUCGCAACGAGUCAACAGCAGUGGAAACACAAGUACACGAAGUCCAGCACUGCCACAGCCACCACCAUAUCCAGGCCCUCGAUCGAGCGUUGAUUCGCUGAGCAUUGCCUCAUCGAACUCAUAUCCACUACCUCAGUCAUCGUCAACCACACCAACCUCGUAUCAUCCAAGUUUUUCACCAAGUGGAACAAUUUUAAAAGGAAGCGAUUCGCAAUUGUUGGAGGAAGAUGAAGAAAUUCGCCGUGUUGUGGUGAAUCGUGAUGGAUGUGGUGGUUUUGGACUGGCGCUUGAUAAUAAUGAGAACGGUGGGGUUGUCAUCUCGAAUGUUUACGGUCCGAGCAAAGGACGGGUUCAUGUGGGCGAGCAACUCCUUGACGUAACAAAUUCAUUCAUUCAUAGCAAAUCAUUUAGUGUGUUCUAUCAAUAA